AUCAGAAAUGGAAAGAUUGUGACCGCGUCGCACGAGUGACAUGAAGCAGGUGGCUAGAUUUGGUUGAUGCUAUAAUUAGCCGUAAAAUAUCACGAUCGCAGCACAGUGACACACCUUGCUUGCCUCAACUAAAUGAUGUCUUUAAAUACCAAUGAACGCAGACCAAAUUUGAAGACAGAGGUAAAGAUAGCGUUGGUUUUCUCAGCGUCAUCUCGUAAAAUAAUCAGCUGUUUACUCCGAGGAAGAAUCGUAAGGAGUUGCUCCACAAAAGUGUGCUUCUUGGUUUUGCAGAAGCAAGCUCGCUAUGAGGACUUGGUUAAUUUUCAGCGGAUUCAUUGGCAUCCUUUUUCAAUGUUCACAAGCAAUUUCUCUUGAAAAACUGUUCCAACCUGAACCAAGAGAGGAGGGUAAUGCUACAGUUAGUUCGAAUAGCACGAUUGAGAAAAUUGUUACCGAUCUCUUGGACAUCGACAAGUUAAAACAUCAUAAUUAUGAAGAAAUGACAUGGUUUCUAAAGUACUUCGCUAAAAAGUACCCAGACAUUACUCGCUUGUAUUCCAUCGGUUACAGCGUACAAAAUCGCAAGCUUCUAGUGAUGGAAAUCACGAACAACCCCGGAAGGCACGAACCAGGCGAACCUGAGGUUAAAUACAUCGGAAAUGUUCACGGUAAUGAAGUGGUUGGGAAAGAACUUCUCCUCCAGUUAAUAAAAUACCUAUGUGAAAAUUACCAGAAAGACGUGGAGAUCAAAAAGCUUAUUGACACUACGAGGAUACAUAUUCUCCCGAGCAUGAACCCUGAUGGGUAUGAGGUUGCAUACGUCCGAGGGCGGGGCCAUAACUUUAUUGGCCGCAGGAACGCACAUGGCGUGGACUUAAACCGUAAUUUCCCCGACCAAUUCUUCCCGAAUACCAACGGUCCGCCUCAACCGGAGACUCGCGCGAUUAUGAGAUGGAUUAAGAGGUAUCCAUUCGUGAUGUCUACGAGUUUACAUAGCGGGGCUUUGGUUGCUAUCUACCCGUAUGAUGAUUCCCCGUCCGGGCAAACCCUGUAUAGCGCUACCCCAGAUGAUGACGUGUUCAGACACUUAGCUAAGACGUACUCCCUGGCACAUCCCGUCAUGCAUCUGGCGAACCCAAAGUGGAACUGUACGAACGUGAAAGAGGAGAAUUUCAUAGAUGGCAUAACGAACGGAGCGAGUUGGUUUAGUAUAUCUGGCGGCAUGCAGGACUAUAACUAUAUUCAUUCUAACACGUUUGAGAUCACUGUGGAAGUCAGCUGUGAAAGGUUUCCCAAACCUGAAAAACUCGGAAAAUAUUGGGACGAUAACCGAAGAGCGCUGGUGAAGCUGAUAGAACAGGUUCAUCAUGGAAUCCACGGGUUCGUCAAAAGCACCAAAGGCCAGCCAAUCAAAAACGCGGUCAUUCGGAUCUCAGACCGCCGUCACGAAGUCUCAACCGCCAAGGACGGGGAUUACUGGAGACUACUCGUACCAGGUUCCUAUGAUGUAACUGCCUCGGCCAAGGGGUUUGAGCCUCAGACUAAGUCAGUGGAAAUCAAGAACGGAGAAACAGAAAAGUAUGUUAAUUUCACUCUCAGGUCGAGUGACGAGCUACGGCCUAAGUUCAUGAAUGGACAAGAGGAUUUUAUCUCAAGAGUGAUGGGAGGAGAGGACUUCCUUAUCGAUGCUACACCAGAUCCCAGAGAACACGUGCUCAACAUUCAUCAUGGAGACAGGGAUGAUCACUCCAACCAAAGAGGGGUCAUGAGUGAUAUGGCAGAUAAUCUUAGUGGACAGUCAUCUCUCGACGAAGGCGACAAGACGUUCAAAGAGUUAGAACAAUCUGGCGACGUUAGUGGGGAGGAUGUUUACAAACAAAAGAAACAGGAUUCAUCUGGUCUGCUGAUGCCAAACGAUAGGCUUGCUCAAGCGCUUGAGCCCGCAUUUCCCUCAACCAGCAAUCCAGCAGUCAACGCUCCAGAACAAGGGGCUACAGACAGUUACGAGAAAAGAAGAAUGAUGGCCUUCGGGGAGGAUCAAACACUACCCACGACAACCCCCACAACGCUUCCAACAACACUCAAUACAUCCCCCACAACAACCCCAACAACAUACCAGACUACUUAUCCCACUACUACCCCAACAACCAGAAAAAUGAAAAAAUCAGCCAAGCACAAACAAGAUGAUCUUGUCAAGCCGGACAAGCGGUUCAUUCAUGUGAUUGGUUCGCGGGUGUCAUGUAGGAUAGCCAAACAAAAGAUUACAAAGUUUGGCACCUUGAGGUGGGUGGGGUACUUACCCAACUCCCCACACGGCAACUCGUACUUGAUUGCCGGAGUGGAGUUAGCGAAGCCGGAUAGGCUGGGCACGAAUGGAUCGUAUCAAGGCAUGAGGUACUUCAAGGCAUUACCAGAACGAGGCUACUUCUUCCACCUCAAGCAGUGCAAGCUGAUCAAGAAAGUCCAUGGAUAAGAUUCUCUUUCUACACACAUGCGCGAAAACAAAGACUGCCAUUGGUUAGAUUCCAAGCUCAAUAAUCACAUAGUUUUGCUAUUCGUUGAAAUGAAUAAUACCUUAACGAUGACCUAAUAAGGUUACUACCGUUGUCAUGGCGAUAGGUUGAUAAUAUUAUAAUAUUAAUAAAUUUUGUUCAAUAAAUAUUAUUUAUCACUUGGAAAUUUUGACGAGAUUAUUGAACUAAACUA